AUGGCCUCCGAUGCGGCCGGCUCACAAGUCGACCUCUACGACUCGGCCAUGACAGUCCCCUCCGACUCGGAAAACUACUCGGCGAACAACGAGAUGUCCUCCUCUCCUUCUUCUACCUCUAGCUCGCCCAUGAUUCUCUACCAGCCCCCGACUAUCUGGGGACUCCUCCGCGGGGCAGCUAUCAACCUGUUCCUCCCGUUCGUGAACGGCUUGAUGCUUGGAUUCGGUGAACUGUUUGCCCAUGAAGCGGCUUUCCGCCUGGGAUGGUCGAACACCAAGAUUUUCCCGAUGUACCGUCGGUCACAUCCUGUGGGCCCAGGAGUGGACAUUCGAGAGCUCCCCUCCGAGCGGAGACGGGCAACCUCCGCAGCUGGUAUCAACGACACAGCGUCCCUGGAGUAA